CCUAUUAUAUCUGAGAAUAUCUUCCGUAUCUGAAGUCAUGCAUCGUCUGAUUCUUCUUUCCUUUGCGUUAAUAGCUGUAAUAGCUGCUACGUCCACUGCAGUACAGGCAUCGCCAGUAAUAGACAGGGAUAUAGAGAAAACUGGAGGUGAAACUCACGAACUCGCGAGACGCGGUUUCAAAAUCAAGAUUCGCAUAUUCGGUAUAUGUGUAAUAGAAAUCGAAGUUGGUACAAAACGGUCAUCGUAUUACAGAUCCACCGAGUUGGUGCUAACUGUCGAAAAAUUUAACACUGGGGAUAUCGUGUGGAAAGGACCUGUUAACGUAGCUGAUGGUGAGACAGAAGUUGAAGUAACUUCCUCUUUCCGACCAGAUCCUAAAAGUGAAUAUAUCGUUCUAUAUAACGAUAAUCAUGGCUCUAGUGGUAGCGUGCCACUUGACUGUGGUUCAGUCACAAAAGACCCUCACGUAACCACAUUUGACGGACUUAAGUAUAACUUCAAUGGAAACUGUUCAUAUACAUUGACUAAGAGCUGUGAUAGUGGUAUCCACCCAUCGUUUGAAAUAACUGCCGAUUUCCGUGCAAGAAACCGUAGCUACCCAUACAAACCAGUGACAUUCAUGGUUGCGUUCAAUGUGACUUCAAAUGGAAGACAACUGAUUCGAAUCAAUGAAGACGAUACAGUGUUGAUCCAAGGAAAGCUCGUAACGCCACCAUCGGCAGAGAUUGGCAAUGGUGAAGGCUACGUCGACGUAGAACAAAAUGGAAUCAACAUAUAUCUGAAGAAGCCUGCUUUAUCUUUGACAUGGGAGAGACGGAUUCAUGGUCUAAACAUUGGAUUCAAUGACAUUAACCUGCGUGGUAAAGUGUGUGGAUUGCUUGGAAAUGAUGAUGGUAAUCCACACAAUGACUUCACUCUUCCGAAUGGACGACGAACGUUUCACUCCGAGGAGUUUGGAAAUAGUUGGUUAAUUCCUGACAGCUGUCCCUAAUAUAAAGGUGCCAUUGGUGAUACAUGACUGUGUAAUUAUGCUACUAUGGUGCUUUAUGGAUUAUAUGAUAACGGUCUACUUAUAAGAUUAAGUUUACACAUUAUGUCUUCGAAUAAAAGAAUUUAGUUUUAACUUAUUUUAAUUGGUCACGAUUACUACAUAUUCUAAUGUGUUGGUUCUUGAAAUGAUACCAACAAAAGCUUCUCACCUUACUGCAUUGUACUUGUUUUGGUUCAGAAUAAAACGGGUUGUAUAAUGGGA